AAUCAUCCCGGGCGAAAUUGUAUCGAAUGAACUUUGACUGGCAGCCAUGUUGUUUUGGUCACGUGACAGGUGGACGAGUUCAUUACGUAAACAGGGGGAACUUUAAACCAACAUGGCGCAGUCCAGUGGAGAAGGUCUGUCAGGAGACAAACCCAACUGUAUACUGGAGCCUCUCACCCUUCCAGAGCACCAGGAAACUCCCAGCUCUCCACACAACACCACAGAUCAUGCAGCAGCUGCUGGUGCUGACUCAGACAGGCUGUGCUGCUUGUUGUGUGACCAGACUUUUCAAGACUCUGACGUGGACAGAGACAUGUUCUUGGCACACUUACUGGUAGAACAUAAGCUAGUCAUCGCAGAUGUGAAGCUCAUAGCUGACCUGAAAAGAUAUGCCCAGCACUGGACGGAGAGACUUCAUGACAAGCCAUUGACAGAGUUCUGCAGUGUGAUCAGAACCAACACCCACCCCACAGAUAAAGCUCCCAGUGAGGACUUCUACCUGCUGUGUGAUGUUCUACCUGAAGACAAGGAACUUCGGGAGGAACUGCAGAGGGGCAGGCUGGAGCAGAUAUUAACCCAGCAGCACAAAGAAAGGACUGACACUAACUUUUCCAGGGCCUGUCUUUUCUGUAAGAUGCACUUCCAAGGCAAUAGGUGUGAAAUUUUCAACCACAUGACCUUUGACCAUGGGUUUAAUGUGGGACAGCCAGAUAACUUAGUGUAUGCCAAUGAAUUCCUGGAUAUACUACAAGAAAAACUAGAUGGGCUACAAUGUCUUUUUUGUGAAAAGACAUUUAAGGAUAGGCCAACUUUGAAGGACCACAUGAGGAAGAAACUACAUAAGAAGAUUAACCCCAAGAACACAGCAUACGACAAAUUCUAUGUUAUCAACUACCUAGAGCUGGGGAAGAACUGGGAGUCUAUCCAGGCAGAGGAUGACACUGAUGUGGUCAGUGUGGACACAGACAAGGAGGAGGAGUGGGGAGACUGGGAGGAGGAGGGUGCUCAGGCUGUGUGCCUGUUCUGUGACUUCUCAGCAGAGUCAAUAGACAAGCUAACAGAACACAUGAUGGAUGUCCAUUCCUUUGAUUUCCACAAUGUGAAAGAGUCUUUAGAGUUGACGUUCUACCAGCGGAUAAAACUAGUGAACUACAUCCGGCGCCAGGUGCACCAGUGCAUCUGUGUUCACUGUCAGGAGAGAUUCCCCUCUAGGGCGGCCAUGUUAGAUCACAUGACCUCCCAGGAUCACACAGACCUUCCUGACAAGUCUGUGUGGGAUCAGCCACAGUACUUCUUCCCCACCUAUGAGAAUGACACCCUUCUGUGUAACCUAGAGGACAAGGAAUCUGACAAUGGUUGCCAUGGUGAUGGCAUUGUUGUUGCAGAGGAGUUACCCGUGCCUGAGGAGGGAAGUGUGUUAAGAGACAUUUUGCGAUCCUAGUUGUGCACUAAGUUUGACCAAGCCUUGGUUUGACUCAAUGAAGAACCAGUCUGUGACUGACAUUGUUGUUCCAAAAAUGGCUAACAUAUGAGUGUGGCAAUCAGCAAUAUAGCUUUGGAAGCUUUAAAGUUGCAAGAGUUGUGCUUAAUGUCAAGUGCAAUCUGUGGUUAGAUAAAUCCGUAAUGUUGCAUAGUUAAUCUGAUUAUUGUCACAACACAGAUAAGGCAAUCAUAACAUAGGGGUCUCUUUGCUAGUGAUGAUGAUGAAUAUCCACUCUUGAUAAAACACUUUUAGACACUGGACACCUUUGAAUGAUAUAACAUUGCAAUGGACUGCUCAGUAGUAUUUUGUGUUUGUUUCUUCUUUAGUAUUAGCCACACUAAUCAAUUGUUACGCAGUUGAUACAGCAAAGAAAGGCUUGCACUUAUUGACACAAGGGAGGAAAAGUGAGCUGCUAUUUUUCAAUAAGCUUUUUAUUCAAUGUAAGACAUAAUCUAUCAUCAACAAAGAUAAAUAUGUAACUCAUUAAUAUCAAUGCCUAUCUAAGAAUAUAGCAAAAAAAUAUCAUUAACAAGUUCAAUUGUUAGCAACAUAAAUAUGUUGGCAUACAACUGACACAUUGAAUGUGUUCAACAGUUUUGGAAUGUUACUAGUAUGUGUUAAACAGCAUGUUUCAGAACAAGUCACAAGCUAUAAGUAGAGAUCUGUAUUUCCACAUGUACAUGUAUUCUGAGUUAAAUUUCUGGACUUAUA